UUAAUGCAUUACAUUACAUAUUCAUCCUACACAUUGAAAUGGAAUGAAAAUGCACCAAAACUUUGAAGAUAUGCUCCUCAAAAGCAUAAUCUGUAUAUUCGAACUCACAAUACCCCAGAUUAGUCUACCCGUUUUGAAAAACAACGUGCUAUCGGAAUACGUCAAACCAAGGACAUUACAUCAUUGAUAAACCCACGCAUGUCUUUGUAGAUAAGGGUAAAUGUAAACAAACCUUUUUUUUUCAUCUGUAGACUAAUAAUGACAGCAUCACUCUGUAUAUUCACACAUCUCUCACUUGUAUAAACGUUCCAUCUUUUACAAGUAGUGUACGUACUGUAAUGGACGGAGAAGCGGAGCCAGUUGGGGCCUCCGGCGCGGGGCCCAGCAACGGAAAAACAAGAAACCCUCCGUUCAAAUCUUGUCAAACCCGUAAAAUUAGCAUCCACUACUGUAAUAAUCCUUCUCACAGCUGUAAAGAAGAGUCAAGUAAGAUUUCUGACACGUACGAAGAAGCACAGAAUGUGUACUUUACAAUUCGUGACGAAGAUCUCCCGCCGCCACCACAAGUGUCAAACCAAGCUGAUCCAGAGGCGCUGUCACGCCCAGAUAAUGGAGAUGCCGGAGAUUCGACGAAGAUCUGUUCCAUCAUUUUCGGCUCCUAUCUAUGCCGUGGAUUCAUCAUAGCUGCUGCAGUGAUGGCCGUGAUUGUUACAGGAGUUGUUGUAGGCCUUAUUUUCACGGCCGCACCAGAGAAUGAAGCAGAACAUAGCCUGGCUGCCAGUCAUAAUCUCACGACGGCAAUUUUACUGGCAAAUGUGUCAACGACAGAGCCGGCCAUGACUAAGAUUUGGGUACCUCCGACCAGCGUGCAUCUAAUGUCUAAUAAAUCAACGGCCAAUAAAGCUUUGACGCGAAACGGCUGCCAAACAGGAUACAAACUCCUUCUCACGACCUGCAUCCGGGUCGAUUUCCGACAAAAGAACUACUGGGGCGCCAGGGAGGCCUGCGAGAGGGAGGGGGCUACACUAGCCAUGCCUAAAACAAAAGAGUUGGACCUGGCGUUGAGAAACCUUGUCAGCAAGGAAGGUCACAACCUCGAACCUUGGAUUGGUCUGAAGGACAAUAACUACUUUCGUCUUCUUAAAAGACAGUGGCAAUGGGAAGAUGGGUCUGCCUUGCGCAACUACAAAGGGUGGAAUCCAGGAGUGCCAAAUAACCGUAGACUGACCCAUCGAACGAGACUGUGUGUACACUACUGGCCAGGUCGUACUGGCUAUCCUAUGUGGAAUGACCUCGGAUGCUCUCGUAGACGCGGGUUUAUUUGUCAGACCUUUUUGGCGUAAAUUAAAAAAAAUAAUAAAUUGCAUUUUUGCUUAUCAAUACAGCGUAUGAUGACAUCAAUAUGCAUGAUACAAUAAGGUGCUGGAAUAAUAUUACAUGAAUAUUUCGAUUUGGAGAAUUAGAAAAAAAUCCCCGUCUUUUGUGACUUUUGACAUGCAGUACGGCAUGGACAUAUUUGGGUAAUUGAAUAGUAAAAUGCCAUACUAUUAAAACAACACGUUACAGAAUUAAAAUGUCUGAAAAUAUUAACCCAUGUAUAAAUACAGAUAUAUCAUUUAUAACGUGUGAAGUAUAAAGAAGUAUAGACAAAUAUCAAUUCUUUUUAUGACAGCAGUAUUUUGUUUUUCUUGUUGUGCCAUGAUAAGGAAAUGAUAAGAGGUAAAGAAUAUAGUAUAAGGUACUUUUCUCUUAAACAGAUUAAAUGAUUAAUGUUGAUUUGUUUAGAAAGCCUCAUAAUUACCUGUUAUAUUUACAACGAGAAUUAGGAACUGAUUGAGCAACAAGAAUCACCCGGGGAAAGACCUAAACGUCUUGUGAGUCACAAAGAUGAAGAAAUGGUUAUCACUGAGUCACAAUUUCAUGCAAGUAGAGCAAAAUGUUAUUUGAUUUUAUAUUUGGGUUACAUAAUGCUGAGAGAAAACCAAGUGACCUUUUUCAGUAUUCUAAAUUUGUUUCCAUGAUAAUAGCCAUGAUUACAAUAUUUAUAGAAGAAUGGUGUUCUAAGGAUUUUUAGAAGCAAAUAAAGCAGGAUGUGCUAGCAUGCACAAAUUGUGUUAACAUAUUGUGUAUGUGUCAACACAAAAAACGUACUCAAAGGCUGUAAACUAACAUAUUAUGUUAUCCUGUGAGCAUAACGUUGAUCCUACAUCAUAUAACGUUAAUUUUACCUUUUUGGAAAUGGCUCACGUACGAUCACUUAUUUUUCACUAGCCAAUGACGAAUUUUUAUUCUAUCUUUACAGCAUAUCUUUUGAAUUUUGUGAUAUGCAUGUUAUAGUAUUCUUAUAGUCAUUUAUAUUGACAAAUUCCCAUCAUUUCUAAUUAGAUUGAAAAUCUUUUUAAACUAUCAAUAUGUAUUUAUCAUUUUAUGUAUACAUAUUUUACUAAUUUCUGAUGACUUUCAAGGUACUGUUAAAGCACGCUACCGAGCAAAUAUUAUUACUACAGAAAGAGGGGUAUGUCGUUUAAAGGGUCUUACCACUUGAUACAACGUUUUAGUAUCAGAAGUUUUAAUCAAUGUAAACUAUGAAUAUUCUAUCUCUUUUUAUAAUUUCUAAACAUAUAGAGAAUAACAUUAAUGUCCUUUCCAAUGUCUAAAGAAUUUGAUACUAGUAGUAGUCAUGGUAUAAGUGUGUCUGUGCAUGAUUCUCUAUUCCUUUUUUUUUGUAAUGCUUUGGCAUUAUGGUAUCUGGAUGAUUUAAUAUUAUUAAUAAAAGUUUCAAAGUACUUUUGGUGUAUUUUUUGGCGACGCCUCAGGGGCUCUGUCUAAUGUUAUAGUGUGCGACCGUUUGACAAAAAUUCCUAAGCAAGCACGUUUGGGGAAAUGUCUGCCCAAAAGCCGCCAAGAAAAAGGGACCACCACCUGAGUUUCAGUUGUGGUAGGUAACUUAAGGAAGAUAUCUUGUAAAUGUGGAAAGGCCCGUAAGACAGGAAAAUGUGGAAAUCGACUAGAAGUCUGUGCAGAUUUAUUCAGUAUAUGGGAGGGGAGAGGGGCGGCAGUUUUUCUCACAGGAUUCUGGACAUAUGUCGGCUAAACCUUGUCUGAUUUUAAUUUUGUCUCCACACAAUUAAAGCCCAUAAAAUAAAGAUGUAACGACGCUCGCUACAUUGAGAAAAUAUCGUUUUAAUUUGGAUGUGCUGAUAAGACGGGUCAAAGUAUAUAUUAUGUGAAAAAAAUUGACCCUGGCUUCCCGUCAGAGUUUUGACAUAUUUGGGCUUGAAGUUGACAGAUUUGAAUUUUGUUGCCACCAAGCUGAAGCCCUUGAAAUGCACAAGUAACGAUACACGAAUUGUCCCAUAAUUUACUGUUCGAUCAGUGGGAGCUUAAAUUUCAUGGCCUGUGGGGUCAUGGGAUUGAACUUGAUAAAUUUGCCUUCUCGCCCAAAACACUGUAUUAAAGUUAACAUUUAUGCCAUAAAAACAGUACUUGGUUGCCGCAUGGGGGUCAGGUCUAAGACUGUGCAGAAGAGGUCUGAUUUAUUUGUGAAGGUGAAUUUAGCUCGGAAAGAUUGGAAAUUGCGGAGAACGUCUGCAGACGAAUUAAUGUAAACUGAUAACUAUAGACCUUUUUACUUGCCGCAAGCUUCUUGCAGUAUAUUUUUGUUUCUACUCGACCAAUGUUUUUACAAAAUAAUGCCAAUCAUAUGACAUGUAACUGGAAAAGACAGAAAUAUCAAGUAUGCAAAUCAUUACCUUAUUUGCAUAAUCAAUGAGAAAUUGAUAUAAUUGCAUGAUUUUGAAUGAGUAUUUCAUUCUUGUGCACAAUGCUUCUGUUUUUCCCUUUGCUGUUCUGGUUCUGUUUAGUGUUAUUAGAUUUCUGGGUUCUUUGGUGCUGUUUGAAUUCGCCAAAUUGUCGCCAAGUUAAUGUAGAAAAGAUAACUAAUAUGAUUUAUGUGAAAAAUGUAUAAUCAAUUAAAGGGCCACUUGUCACCCACAAGAGAGUCUUCUUUGUUGACAGCAAUGCCAUACAAAAAUCCAUAGUGCAAAACAAUUUUCAUACAUGACGUUCCAGCCAGAAAACGAAUACUAGAACACACCUAUAACAACAAUCAUUGAUACUUAUAAACAAGAAAACAGUCGCCAUGGCAAUAGUUUUAAUUGCCACACUUUUUGCGUUUGAUUUGUUUAGGCGCAUAGAUACUUCAUAUGUGUCGUUUCAUAUUCAAUUAAUAUCACUAAACUUCUUGUGGUGUAAAGUACUAUAUUAUUCUUGUUUGUACUUUAUAUCAAAGUCUUUUGGCUUUUGUUUUAACUGCCGUGUAGCUCUAAAGUCGUCUACAUCAAUAACUAGAUAUCGAUGCUGUAGAUGACAUGUUUUUGAAUAAUUUCAUUUUUAUAGACGUAUUAAGUUGUUUUGGUAAACGGUUCUUGUGGCCUAGUCUGGUUUCACUGUGCUGUUCCAUCUUUUACUCGAUAAAUGAUGAGCACACAGGGAGGAGAGCCGCGUCAGGUGGCUUACAGUAGAGAUAUUUAUGAUUUAGAGUCAUUUUUAACAACAAAAACUCUUCGCUCAAACAACUUAAUACGUCUUGUGCGAAUUCUAUACAAAGUAGAUUAUACUUCAUCGAAAUUGUUUCAUAGUCACUUAAUAUCACAAAAUGACUUUGAGUUCUUGUGGUCUAGUCUUGUUUUACUGUGCUGCUCCAUCUGUUACAGGCGAUGAGCACACAGGAAAAAGACCCGCGUCAGGCGGCUUACGGUACAGAUAUUUAUGAUGUCAUUUUCAACAACAAAAAACUCUUCGCCUAAACAAUGUAAUACGUCUGGAGUGAAUUCCAUACAAAUGAGAUUAUACUCAUUCGAUCUCAUUUCAUCGUCACUAAUAUCACAAAAUACUUUUGGUGUAAAGUAAAUUCUACUUGUUUGUUCUUCAUAAAAGGCUUUUAGCUUUUUUUUUAACUGCCGUGUUGGCUCUAAAGUCGUCUACAUCAAUGCCUAGAUGCUGUAGAUGACAUGUUUUAAUAAUCUCAUUGGUAUGGAAUUCACACCAGACGUAUUAAGUUGUUUUGGUUAAGAGUUUUUGUUGUCUAUUCUGGUUUUACUGUGCUGUUCCAUCUGUUACUCAACAGACGAUGAGCACACAGGAAGAAGACCUGCGUCAGGUGGCUUACAGUAGAGAUAUUUAUGAUGCAGAGACAUUUUCAACACAGAAUGUACUUACAGUAGCUGAUAACGGCCAUAAUGACCCAGCCAAUCACGUGUACCAUACUAUCGAAGAAGACUACAUUAACCGGCUACCUGAGGCCGGUACAGACCUUGAAAAGCGAGCUGAUCAACAGAAAGAUGACGUAUCGUCUGACAAUGUACAGACGGACGACUCGGAUUUGCCAAACAACCCAAACUACGUACCUGAUGCGCUUCGACAAAAAAACAACAAAGAUUCCACAGAAAUCUGUUCCAACUGUCAACGUCCAUCUCUACUCCGUGGCGUCAUCAUCGCUGUCUCGGUGAUAACCUCGAUUAUUGUAGGAAUUAUAUUCGGUAUCCAUUUUGCUGCGGCACCAGAGAAUAAAGCAGAACCCAAUAAGUUUGUGUUAUCUACGACCAGCAGGGAUCUCCAGACAUCCAAGCCAAACACGUCAAUGACAGAUAAAGGCCUGUGCCCAAACCCCCCGGUCCUCAGCGUAGCCAGUAUCUCGGACUGUGACACCCCCUACACGGAGGGCGAGAUCUGCACCUACAGCUGCAACAGCGACUACUUCUUGGCCGGCGGAUCUCGGAACCGCACCUGCAGCUCGGGUGGCUGGUGGUUAGGGUCGGACCUGGUUUGCACACGUCAAGUGUGCUACUGGGAAGGCACGUUUCCCUUCUGCAAGCCGGGCGCCUGCGACUCGGGCAUCAAGGUGCGUGGUGACAACUGUGGGGACGGGCGCUGCUGCUGGACGGGCAGCAAGAUUUACUGUUGUAACGGCGUGUCGAGUUCCUGCAUACGCUUGCUAGGAAGGCGACACCAUUUAUGAGAUAGUCGACACACCUCAUCCUAAUUACUCUGGCAGUAAUUUUAGGAAUGGUCUGAAAUAAUGUAAAUCACUGUAAGAUUUUUAUAUUGCUGCACACACAGAUUCAAGCUGAUAUCAGAACUGAAGUGAAACCAAAAUCAUACCAAAAAUACCCCGGAAUUUAAAAACAAAAUAAAAGUAAUUCUAGUGGGCUGUCAGUUUAACACCUAACUUAGACACUAUGCCGGUUAUGGCCAUGUCAUCUUUUAUUAAACACUGUAACAUGGUAGAACAUUAUGUCAUGUUCAUGGUUGGACAAGUCCACUAGCCCUAUUAUCCUGGGCAUGUGGAAGUGCAGAUCGGGCAAGGGCAUGUCCGAUCGUGCAAGUAAGAUUCUAUUUUGAUAUACGAGGGGUGAUCAAGAAGUUCUCGGCCUCACCCA